ACUUGGUAGUAACUUCCAACAACUUUUAGAACAUUGAAAUCUUCAAUAUAUAAACGUUUCAACGUGAAUUAGACCUUGCUUGCUUUUUCCAACCCCUAAAUUCUACUACUAUUUCAAAUAAUACAAAUGCUCACCAAACGUGUUUGAAGCCAUCAAAAUUAUCUAACUUGGGUUUACAUAGAAACAAUCAUCUUCUACAUGUAACUUUUUCACAGCUACGGAUAGUUGCAUAUAUCCCUACUCCCAUCCCCCCCCUUUUAUAGAAGAUCACGCAUCAAUCCAUAACCGUAUUUCACAAAAACACUACGUCUUAAUGGAUAACAAAUGGACGUACAAAACGACUCUGACUACCAACCGGACUCAUCCUCUAAAUCAGACAGCGAGCCCACUAGUCCUGUAGUCCAGGAUCCUCCUCCCCCCACCACCACCUCCCGGAAGCGGCGCCGUCGCCGAACCACCGACCCCUCAUCUAUCAUCAUCCCGCCCCCCAAGAGGCAAAAAGGCGUGUUCAACCCCCGGUACCUCAGCCUCCUUAAUGAAGAGAUCACCAGCGUCGCCUCGUCCGGGCUCUCCGACGAGCACUCGCUCCGUCCUCUCCCGCCCGGCCAGAUCGGCGCCGUGUUCUGGAGUCCUGCCGAGAAACACGCCUUCUUCACCGCGAUGUCGCGGCUGGGCCGGGACGACGUGUCCGGCAUCGCGGCGCGGAUCACGACGAAGAGCGAUCUGGAGGUGCGGCAGUACGUCGCUCUGCUCGACGCCGCGGACCGCGCCCGGUGCGCCGACGAGGAGAAGCGGCGGCGCAUGGUCCGACCUGUGGACAUCCCCGCUGCAGCGGAGCUGAGCAUGGAGCUUUGUCUUGCGUUCGAGGAGGCCGCGGAUGGGAUCGCGGUGCGCCAGGAAACGUAUGAGGCGACGCUAGAGCAGAAGCGGUGGGCGGGGCGGUGGCUGAUUACGCCUCAACUAGCGACUGUGCUAGAGCACCAGGGAAAGCGGCGGCGGCGUCAAUUGCCGCAGCAACACCACCAUCAUCACCAAGAGCAGGACGAGACGGGAGUGGAAGAGCGGAUAGACAACCCCGAAACGAACGACCCCCUGCCUUUCGCAGAGCUCUUCAUUCUGAGCAACUGGCUCAAGCUUUCGAACCGCAUAUUCAUGAACUCGUCAGUACUUGCGGAUGGUAAUUGGCGCAGCAUAUCCGAGGAGCCGCCCUCAAUCCGAGCUACAGCGCUGUCGGACUUCCAUGCGUUGGCGCUGAGCGUGACGAGGCGACUUGUAUCCGCCACGCUGUACAUGGCCGGGUCGCGGAUCCGCAUGAAGCAGAGCGGUGACCGAAAAACCCGCACCACAAAGGGUCUCGUUAAAAUCAAGGACGUGCUAGCCGCGGCGGCUUCCGUGGGGAUGAAGGAGAAUAGCCACGAGUUUUGGGCGCGGGCUGCGAGGAGGUUGCGGUUGGAUGUGUAUGAUGAUGGCAAAGAGUGGGAGGGAAGAGGGGGUUCAGCAAUGACAGACGAUGAUAUUGAUUUAUCAGACGAAGAGGAGGAGGAGGAAGAGGAAGAGGAGCAGGAAAAUGAAAUUAAUGAUGUCGUACUAAAAGAUGAUGGCAUGGAAGCAGAAGAGCAAAAUAUACACCUUUCCACGGAACACGAUCCCCAGGACGAAGGCGAAGGUAUAGGCAUAGCAGAUGAUACAUCCGAAUACGGCAUACUAUCCUACGCCGAAGUCGAGGCAGCCCUCGACUUCCCCAACCCCAACCCCCCAGAAUCCCCACACUCACCAUCACCUUCCUACACCUCCCUACCCUCAGACUACUCCGAACCAGAAGCCUCAGACAACACAGGCUCGGACUCAAACCCAUCCCCUCAAUCCCCCCGAGACCCAACCCCGCCCAUAAUCGACCCCACCUCCCUCGCCACCGACCUCACCGAAGCCCUCCUGUACUCCUCCCUCCCGCACACCUCGCUCAGCACCCACCGCGCGCGCCAAGCCCUCCGCGCCCGCAUCAUCGCCGCGCAGCACCUCGAAGCCGACGCCGCGGCCCACGACGCCCAGCUCAGCGCCGAGGAAGAGGCGCGGCUGUGGGGUUUGCUGCGAGGUACCAACAACAGAAGCGAAGACCCAACAACCCUAUCGGGAAAUUCUUCAUCGGUGCAGGUGGUGGUGCCGUGGGCCCAGCACCGGCAGGAGCAGGAUGGUGACGAGGAGGAAGAGAAGGAGAAGGAGAAGGAGCAAGUGGUGGACAGGAAGCCGGGGCUGCUGGAUAGGUGGCAUAGCGAGUGGAGGGACCACACGGUGUUUUAUAGCGAGUGGGAGGUUGGCGGGGGAGGGGCAUAGAUGUGGUUGAAUCUACAACGUAUGAGGUAGGUAGGUAGGUAGAUACCUAUCUGUAUAGUACCUACCUACCUGGUAUAUACUUACCUAGGCAGCCCUGGAGGUAUCUAAUGUAUGUAGCAUGCUGUGUAAAAAGGGGGUGGAGAUGUAUGUAGACGUAGAAGUACCUAUACCUAACCUAGAAACCUUGGAACGCAACUAUGGCGUGGAGGUAGGUAGGCUACGAUAAUCGACGUAUGCUUGGAAAAGUCUACCUGGGUAAGGUAUCUAUAAUAUCGGAGGCAUGUAGGAUGGCACUUUGCCCUCUGGAAAGCAUCUACGAAGACUCACAACCACGAAAACACGCAUACGAUACCCACUUAAUGC